CCGGUGAUCAAAUGUAGCGACUAUUAUAGCCAUGGCAACUCAAAUCGUAGCACCGUCAUUGUUUGGCUUCUCCCGUGAAAGCAAGUAUAGAUAUGAUGUUUUCCUGAGUUUCAGAGGUGAAGAUACUCGCCGCUCCUUCACCGUCUUCCUCUAUGAAGCUUUGCGUCGGAAAGGAAUCAACGCCUUCAUCGACGACAAGAAGCUUGGGAAAGGGGAAGAGAUCUCACCUACGCUUCUUAAAGCCAUUGAGAGAUCCAGGAUUUCCAUUAUUGUGUUCUCUAGGAACUAUGCUACUUCCACAUGGUGUCUAGAGGAACUCGCACACAUCAUUUGGUGUAAGAAGCAGAAGAACCAGUUGGUUAUGCCCGUCUUUUACAAGGUAGAUCCGUUGGAUGUUCAAUAUCAGAGAAACAGCUUCGGAGAUGCCAUGGCUACUCUUGAAGAUAGAUUCAGAGAUGACUUGGAGAAAGUGCGAAAAUGGAGAUCUGCUUUGUCCGAAGCUGCUAGUUUGUCAUCAGCAUGGCUUUUCGAUGAUGGAGACGAAGACAAGUUUAUUGAAAGGAUUGUCGAAGAUGCAUUUGCUAAGCUGCCUCCUAAACGCUUUCAUAACACUGAUCAUAUGGUUGGACUUGAGCCCCGCAUAAAAGAGGUGAUGUCAAUUCUAAAUAAAUCUGAUGAUCGUGUUUGUAUGUUGGGGGUCCAUGGAAUUGGUGGAAUUGGCAAAACAACUCUUGCAAAAGCUAUUUAUAAUUCAAUCUUCUACGAAUUUGAAGGUCAUUGUUUUUUGUUUGAUGUAAAAGAAGCAUCAAAGAAAUACAAGGGCAUUGUCCGCCUUCAACAGACACUUCUAUCAGAAAUUCUAGAAGAGAAGAGGAUGAAAUUUGGCAGUGUUGAUGAAGGAAUAUCAAAAAUAAAACAUAGACUCUCUCACAAAAAGGUUUUGUUGGUUCUUGAUGAUGUUGAUGAGGUUGAACAGUUAGAACAACUAGCAGGGGGAUGUGAUUGGUUUGGUUGUGGAAGCAAGAUCAUUAUUACUACAAGAAACAAACAAUUGCUAAUUGCAUGUAAUGUUAAAAAGACAUAUGAAAUGAAGAAGCUACAUGAGCAUUACUCUCUGGAGCUCUUUUGUUGGUACGCCUUUCAUAUGAGCCAACCUCCAAAAGGCUAUAAAAAUAUGUCCAUUCACGUUACAAGGUAUGUACGUGGCCUUCCUUUGGCUUUGAAAGUAAUAGGCUCCAAUUUGGCACAUAAAAGCAUUGAGGAAUGGAGAUCUAUAUUGAAGCAAUAUGAUGAGAUUCCAGAAAGAACAAUUCAUCAUGUCCUGAAGAUAAGUUAUGAUUGUUUACAAGAGUGUGCUAAGGGUAUUUUCUUAGAUAUUGCUUGCUUCUUCAAAGAGGAGAAAUUGGAAUUUGUUGAAGCAAUAUUAGAAGCUUGUGAUCGUGGGGCAAGGUUUUAUAUUGAAGUUCUCGUUGAUAAAUCUUUGAUAACUAUUAAUGAUAAAGGUUAUUUGUACAUGCAUGAUUUAAUACAACAAAUGGGUAGAGAGAUUGUUAGGCAAGAAGCACUAUCGGAUCCUGGCAAACGCAGCAGAUUAUGGUAUUACAAAGAUGUUCUCAAAGUACUACAUGAAAAUUUAGGAGGCAACAAUAUUGAAGGAAUAAUACUUGAUCCACCUCACCAGGAAGAAGUGAAAUGUAGUGAUUCAGCCUUUGAGAAGAUGAAUAAUCUUAGAAUCAUCAUUGUUCGCAAUACUCAAUUUUUGACAUGUCCUAAAUAUCUUCCGAAUAGUUUAAUAUUACUAGAUUGGCAGGGAUAUCCUUCUAUGAAUUUGCCACCAGAUUUUUCGCCUCCAAAACUAGUUUGCCUCAAGAUAUACGGCAGUCCUUUCAGCUUGGAGGUAUCGUUCGAGAGAUUUGAAUAUUUGACGUAUUUGGACUUCUCAAAGUGUGAAUUCAUAAGUGAAGUCCCUGACAUGUCUCAGUUUCAAAAUUUAAAAACAUUGAGCUUUCGUGAAUGUCGCAGUCUGAUCAAAGUUCAUGAUUCUGUGGGAUCUCUCUUCAAGCUAGUGAAAUUAGACGUUCUUGAAUGCAUCAAACUCACAAGCUUUCCACAUGAAAUCAAGAUGCCAUCUCUUCAAGAGUUUAAUAUUAGUGAUUGCAAGAGUCUUGAAAUACUUCCCAGAAAUCGUGGGAAACAUGGAUCCACUGAUGAGUGUGCUUAUUUGGAGAGACUAGAUCUGAGUGCCUGCAAGAGGCUAAGAGACAUACCAGAGUUACCAUUAACUCUGCAGAGCAUAGCUGCAGAUAAGUGCAUGUCAUUAACUUUGGAGUCGAUACGUCAUUUAUGGUCUCAGGCAAAAGAGGGCUUUCGCGUGGAAAUCGUUAUGCCAGCAAUAUCAUUUCCUGAUUGGUUACACUUUUGUUGUAAAGGUGGCAAAUUGUCUUUUCGUGUCCGUGGAAAUUUCCCACAAAUCCUCAUCGCAUACGAAACAGGGAAGGCAAACACAAGUGGGAUAUACACAUUAGAAGUUUUUAUGAGGAUCAAUGGUAGUAAAAAAAUGCCAUGGGUACAAAGUGAUCGUGAUGCAAGAGAAAAGGGUCGUUUUGUGCUUUCUGUAGGAUAUCAAGCUCAUGUAUUCUUCUAUGAUCUACUAAGUGAUUUUAGUGAAGAAGAGUUGGAGGAGCUUAAUAAGUUUUUGGAUUUGGAAUGGAAUGAUGUGGACAUACAAGUUACGUCUGACUCACCAGCUGAUAUGUCCAUAAUUAACUGUGGUAUUUAUGUCAAUAAGCAACAGACAAGUAUGGAAAAUGUUCAGUUCAAGUCUCCUUUGCGUUCCAUGAAUGCUUCAAGAGCUUCGCUGAAACGAAGAGCAGUAGCUUCUCAUCCCAACGAACCACCCAAGAAGCAUUUGAGAAGGUUCAAAGAGAAGAUCAAUUGCACAAGAAGGACAAGAUUCGCCAUUGCGAUUAUCUCAGCCAUGGCGAUUCAACCGGCAGCAUCAUCAUCCCAUACCUUUACCAAGUACAGAUACGACGUUUUCUUGAGUUUCAGAGGCGAAGACACUCGCCACUCUUUCACUGUCAUUCUCUACGAUGCCUUGCGUAGGAAGGGAAUCAACGCCUUCAUUGAUGACAGAAAGCUUGGGAAAGGGGAAGAGAUCUCGCCUACGCUUCUUAAAGCCAUUGAGAGAUCAAGGAUUUCCAUUAUUGUGCUCUCUAGAAACUAUGCUACUUCCACUUGGUGCCUGGAGGAACUCGCCCACAUCAUUUGGUGUAAGAAGCAGAAGAAUCAGGUGGUCAUGCCCAUCUUUUACAAGGUCGAUCCGUUGGAUGUUCAGUAUCAGAGAAAUAACUUUGAGGAAGCCAUGGCUACCCUUGAAGAUAGGUUCAGAGAUGAUUUAGAGAAAGUGUGGAAAUGGAGGUCUGCCUUGUUUGAAGCUGCUAGUUUGUCAUCAGCAUGGCUUUUCCAAGAUGGAUACGAAAUUGGGUUUAUUGAAAGGAUUGUUGAAUAUGUGUAUGCUAUGCUUCCUCCUAAACCAUACCAUAACAUAGAACACAUGGUUGGACUUCAGCCUCGGGUAGAAAAAGUGAUCUCGCUUCUAAAUAAAUCUGACAAAGGUGAUUGCAUGUUGGGCAUUCAUGGAAUUGGCGGAAUUGGCAAAACAACCCUUGCAAAAGCUAUCUAUAAUUCGAUCUUCUACCAAUUUGAAGGUGCGUGUUUCUUGUUUGAUGUCAAUGAGGCAUCAAAAAAAUUCCAGGGCAUUGUUCAUCUUCAACAAAAACUUCUAUCUGAUAUUCUAGAGGAAAAGAUUACGAGGUUUGGUAGCGCUGACCAAGGAAUAUCUAAAAUAAAACACAGACUCUCCCGUAAAAGAGUUUUGUUGGUUCUUGAUGAUGUGGAUGAGAUUGAACAGUUAGAACGACUUGCAGGGGGGUGUGAUUGGUUUGGUUGUGGAAGCAAGGUCAUUAUAACAACAAGACAUAAGCAAUUGCUCAUUGCUCAUAAUGUUAAAAGAAUAUAUGAAUUGACGGAGCUAGAUGAUCAUGAUUCUCUUGAACUCUUUUGUUGGCAUGCCUUUCGUAUGAGCCUACCCCCUAAAGGCUAUGAACAGAUGUCUAGUCAUGUGAUAAGUUAUGCAAAGGGCAUUCCUCUUGCUUUAAAAUUAGUUGGCGCCAAUUUAGCAAAUAAAAACUUAGAGGAAUGGAGGUCUACAUUGGAACAAUAUGAUCGGGUUCCAGAAAGAACAUUACAUGAAGUACUAAAGAUAAGUUAUGACUGCUUACAAGAUGGUGCUAAGAUUAUUUUCUUGGACAUUGCUUGUUUCUUUGAAGAGGAGAUAUUGGGUUCUAUUGAUGAGAUAGUAGAAGCUUGCGAUUAUGGUGCAAGGUUUUAUAUUGAAGUGCUUAUUGAUAGAUCUCUUUAG